CCCCUUCCUCAAAAAGACAAAAACUCUCUUUUCGUUCGCGACCCAUCAUCAUAUUCAUUGUUCACCUCCUACUUGGCCAGUUGCCAUUAUUCAUCCAAGAAAAAUUCAAGCUUUUGCUGCAACAUUGACAAUACCCUCUCUCGUUUGAUCUCAUUCUAAGUUGGGUUGGGUUGGGUUACACAGAAGAAGCUGUGCUACUUUUUUCUCGGGUGACUUGGCUUCUCGUUUUAUAGGACUUGAUUUGAUGGGGAUUUGCUUCAGUGCCAGAAUUAAUGAGAGCCCAAGUAACACAGGAUGGCUGAGUUCAAAGUAUGGGAAAGAUACGAGUGGUACAAGCAGCAAAGUCUCGUCAUUUUCGACACCUCUGACACCCAGGAGUGAGGGUGAGAUUUUACAGUCCCCCAAUUUGAAGGGUUUCAGUUUUGCUGAUCUGAAAAUGGCCACUAGGGAUUUUCGUCCCGAUAGUGUGCUUGGAGAAGGUGGUUUUGGCUCGGUGUUUAAGGGGUGGAUUGAUGAGAAUUCAUUAACUGCUGCCAAGCCUGGAACCGGGACUGUCAUUGCUGUGAAAAGGCUUAACCAGGCAGGAUUCCAAGGUCAUAGGGAGUGGUUGGCAGAGGUGAAUUAUCUGGGACAGCUUCAUCAUCCUCAUCUUGUGAAAUUGAUUGGAUAUUGCUUAGAGGAUGAGCAUCGUCUUUUGGUGUACGAAUUCAUGCCCCGUGGCAGCUUGGAGAAUCAUUUAUUCAGAAGAGGUUCUUACUUCCAACCUCUUUCAUGGAGCCUUAGAAUGAAGGCUGCUCUUGGUGCAGCAAAAGGGCUUUCCUUUCUUCACAAUGCCGAAACAAAAGUGAUAUAUCGAGACUUCAAGACUUCAAACAUCUUGCUCGAUUCAGAUUAUAAUGCAAAGCUCUCUGAUUUCGGGUUAGCAAAAGAUGGACCCACAGGUGAUAAGAGCCAUGUUUCUACCAGAGUCAUGGGGACCUACGGAUAUGCUGCUCCAGAGUAUCUGGCCACAGGUCAUUUGACAGCCAGGAGUGAUGUAUACAGUUUUGGAGUGGUGCUGCUAGAGAUGUUAUCUGGCCGAAGAGCAGUUGACAAGAAUCGACCGUCCGGAGAACAUAAUCUUGUGGAAUGGGCCAGACCUUACCUGGCCAACAAACGUAAAAUAUUCCGUGUCCUAGAUAACCGCCUUGAAGGCCAGUAUACAUUGGAAGCUGCCUUCAAGGCUGCUACCCUUGCUUUACGAUGCCUGUCUGCAGAAGCCAAAUUCAGACCGCGCAUGAAUGAGGUUGUAACAGCAUUAGAGCAGCUCCAGGGCUCGGUUGAAUCUGGAAGUAAUCAGAACGAUGCUAGAAAGCCACCCCGUAUUCACAGGCGGAGUACGGGUGAUACUAACAAUGGGAGGAGUGUUGCCGCAUACCCUCGGCCUUCUGCUUCCCCUCUUCAUGCCUGAUAACUAUGGGUGAGCGUUCGAUCGAGUUGAGUCAAGUAAAAA